AUGAUCGCUUUUGCCAAGUGCACUCUGGUAUUCUACACGCGAGAGAAUAUCAGCAUUGCCCAAAUUACCUUCUAUAAACAAGCAAGUUUCUCUCCAGAUUCAUCUGUGUCUCUUUCUGUCGCUGGCGAUUGUGCACAAACCACUACGACCGUAUUUGUUGGAAAAGGGGGAGGAGCAGCGGCUACAACGACGGCGACGGCGACGACAACAGCAGCAGCUACAACGACGGCGACGGCGACGGCGACGACAACAACAGCAGCAGCAUCUGCUGGAGCCAGUGGAGGGAAUUCAAACAGCGCCUUUAUAGGCAGUGAUGAUGACGAUGAUGUUGCGAUCAUCGCUAGCAUAACGACAACAUUAGGGGUGGCAGCUUUAGGUACAGCUGGGGCAGGCAUGUUUUACAGGUUCAAAAAGGGACUAAAGCCGUUUAACAAAGUUUCUCCUGUAAAAACAGCAUGGGCCUAAUUGUUACCAAAUCACUGGAAACCAUCAUGACUUGGAAAUCACCAUUACUUGGAAAUCACCAAUCCGUAACAUCUCACUGAAGCAGAAACAACAAGACAUAAUCGCUGAUUAUUGUUCGUCAGUCUUGGUUCUACACAGGUUCACCGAGCACCUGCUACGACCCAGUACAUAUAUGGGAUACAAAUCUGCAGACUGACCCAAUAAUACGCGGGCUUCAAAUUCAUAUUUUCUCCAGGUUGUUUAUCCUUCAGAGCGGAACAUCACUGACUGUUCAACAUAAAAAAAAUAAUAAUAACAGGUAUACAAAAUCUGUAUGGAUUGUCUUCGCGAUAUGGAAAGCUGGUAGAUUGUAAAAUAACAUUACAAUGAACAUGCUAAUUCUUCGGACAUCUUACCAGUUUUAGCAAAUCAACAGAUUACCCAUGAUUUAGAAUGUUGUUGAACUUUAACCUUGGCAGGAGGGACUUCUUCUCGCUACCGACUUUAACGUGUGACAUUUGUUAUUGUAUAUUGACGAUUUAGUAUAUUUUAUCCUAUUACAAUCACGCUUUUGUGACAACGUAUUUUGUGGAAUCGCAAGUCAUUCUAUAAAUGAUUAUGAUGAUAAUGUUUACCAUAAAAAAUGUUUG